CUGCUCAUUAGAGUGAGUAGGUCAUUCACAGAGACACACAGAAGAGCAGUGCAGGAACACAUGGAGCUGCUGGGUGAGAGAGUCUGGAGUCACACUAUAGUGCUGUUCACAUAUGGGGACUGGCUGGGAGACACGAGCAUUGAGCAGCACAUUGAGAGUGGAGGAGAGGCUCUGCAGUGGGUUGUAGAGAAAUGUGGCAACAGGUAUCAUGUUGUAGACAAUGAGAAGAGGGAUGGUGGCCAGGUGACAGAGCUGCUGGACAAGAUAGAGGAGAUGGUGGCAGGAAACAGGGGCCAUCAGUUUGACUUUGACAGAAAUAUUUGUAAAAAACUACAAGAGAAGAAGAAGGAAGCAGAGAGAAGAGCAGAGGAGAGGAAGAUGAAGGUGCACAAGCAGAGACAGACUCUCAGAUCAUCAGCAGGUGGAGUUCCACAUAUUUCUGACAUGAAGGUUGUGCUGCUGGGAAACAGAAAUGCUGGGAAGAGUUAAUCAGGAAACACCAUCCUGGGCAGAGAAGAGUUUGGCACCUCAGGAAGAACAGCUGAGUGUGUGAGGAGAGAAGGAGAAACAGCAGGUAGACGCAUCACUGUAGUGGAGGCACCAGGAUGGUGGAGGAACUACACUGUAGAGCAAACUCCUGAACGUGAUAAAGGAGAGAUUGUCCUCAGUGUGUCUCUGUGUCCUCCAGGACCCCAUGCUCUACUCCUGCUCAUUACAGUGGAUGAGUCAUUCACAGAGACACACAGAAGAGCAGUGCAGGAACACAUGGAGCUGCUGGGUGAGAGAGUCUGGAGUCACACUAUAGUGCUGUUCACAUGGGGGGACUGGCUGGGAGACACGAGCAUUGAGCAGCACAUUGAGAGUGGAGGAGAGGCUCUGCAGUGGGUUGUAGAGAAAUGUGGCAACAGGUAUCAUGUUGUAGACAAUGAGAAGAGGGAUGGUGGCCAGGUGACAGAGCUGCUGGACAAGAUAGAGGACAUGGUGGCAGGAAACAGGGGCCAUCAGUUUGACUUUGACAGAAAUAUUUGUAAAAAACUACAAG